UGUUCAUCGACGAGGAAGAAGACUUCGACCGAGUCGACGAGAAGGAGGAGCUCUUCGAACCAGAAUUUGAUGUCCACGAAGUGGAAAGUGUUGACAAAGUACCAAAACUAGAGUCUGUGCCCAACACCACACCACCCCCCACCCUCACUGACGAGAGCGAUAUGGAUAGCUCCAUCCAGAUUCACACCACUAAGACAGAUGACCGACAGGUCUCCAUUUUUGCUCAGCCUGGUAUCCUGGCAGCAUUCAUCGGAGGUGCUGUGGUCGGUCUCCUCUGUGCCAUAUUGCUGGUGAUGUUCAUCGUAUACCGCAUGAGGAAGAAGGACGAAGGCUCCUAUCCUCUGGAUGAGCCAAAACGCAUGCCCCUCACUUCCUCCUACUCCCCAAAUGAUAAGGAGAUCUAUGCCUAAUAUUGCUCCCCCUCUUCAUCCCAAUGGAUUGUCUUUGGGAAACAUGGAGAUUUGGUGGAGCAAAAUGCAGAGGUUUUAAUAUUUUAUUUUUCAUUAUUCCUUCUUAUUAUAACUGAUAGUUACUCCACCCUGGCCAUCAUCUAUUUGGGGAUUCAGCAAUGAAGGUGGGGAGUCCCUGUACAUCUCACCAUGCCAAUUUAAGGACAAGUUAAUUCCAUUCUGAUAUCUCAAACCCUACCAUGUAGGGGGUCAGUGUUAGGACAUCAAUUGAUAUUAUCCCAUUUGGACCACUUCAUGAAAUUGCUGUUGCAUGGAACUUCAGAGUAUUCAGAUGAAAGAAUGGUAAAUUAUGGAAUCAAAGAACUUUGACAGUGUUACCAUUUGAAUUACUGUUUUUAGACAAUCUGGUGGAAUUCAGUGCAUUUUCUGUGAACUCAAAAAUUGCUUCAAAUACAGUUCAGCAAAAAUAAACAGGGUAGGGAAAUUUUUCAUCUAAUGUUUAUGCACAAAGUUUUUUAAUGUAGAAAAAUUAAGUGAAUUUGAUAAAAAUUUUGAUAGAUUAGAAAUUAAUUUUUAUACCAUUUAAAAAAAGCUUGUUUCAUAUUGAAAGUAAAUCCUCAAUUACAGUACUGAAUUACACCCGUUUUCUCUCUUCCUUUAAACCUGGUACUCGUGUUUAAAGGAAAACAAAAUGGACAUGUAUAAAAUCUGACAAGUUUGUUUUUCAAAAUGGUAAAUAUAUUAACAUUGGGCUGUAUUGUAUUUUGUUCAUAGCAUAUAAUUUAUCUUUCGUGUCAUAAGCAUUUGCAGUUUGUAACUUUACAAAGUGGGAUCUACCGUAAAUUCCUGCCUUAAUUGUAAUGUUUUGUGUGUGAUGGUUUAUGGCUAAGUCAUACACAACACUUGUUUUAAGACUUGGAUGAAUUAAUUAGGAACAAAUGAUGAUUUUCUUUAAAAAGUUGGAUUCAUCAAACAUCUUUGCUAAAUAUCCAUGUAAUGAGCACAGUAGUCAUUAGGGUAUUGGGUUAAUUGCAAUACAAAUUUAAAAUGUUGCUGGGGUUCCCAAGCUGGGUUUAGAAAAAAAAAUAGGUAACAAACUAAAUACAUAUCGGGGCUUUUGAGUGAUGGUAUGCAUUAGACCCUGAACUUGUCAGGUGUUCUAGUGCAAGUGAGGUUUGGUGUAGCCUACCUUCAUGCAGAUUGAAGUAGGUUACAGGAAGGAAGAGUUUUGCUUGGUGAUAAUGUCAAGUUUUUGCUUAACCUUGCUAUUUUGUAAAUUAUAGAUUUUGUUGCAGUGAAUUUGCUUGUCUGUUUUUAAAAAAACAAUACAGUUGUAGGGUCUCAUGGUUGGUAAGUGUGCUCAAUUAUAAUAGGGUUAUGAAUGUGGAGGUGUAGUAAAAUUACGACUAUUUUUUUAUAUGAAAUACUGUAAGAUUAGACUAAAUUCCCCUCCACCUAAUUAGCUUAUGUCAUGCAGUUAUAAUGGAGAAAUCACCAUUUUUUGUAUGCCAGCAAUAACAAAGAUUUUCCUGCAACUUUAAUUUGGUUAGAUGUUGCACAAAUUAACAUUCUUCUGUGCACAAAACUUUCUGGUCACUAAGGUCAGCUAACUUAUAUAGUAUUUUGGUCUGUUUUUAACCUCAAACUGUAUAUCAAAUGAUUUUUUAUGUAAGAAAUAUACACUAAUUUCAGAAAACUUUUAUUGCUACGGUGUACAUAUAAGUUUGUUCCUACAGUACUUGUUUUCCAAGUUUUCAAACUUUUGACUUCUUGAAAAUAUGUAGUGAAGAGAUAAAAAUUGAGUGAAAUAUUUAUGAACCUAUAUAUAUAUACAUUUAUAUAUAUUAACAAGUUUAAAUAAAGAGAUGCAUUUAUAUCACUUAAAGGAAAAGUUGGUUGGUGGUGCUUUUAAACUCCUCCUGUAAGUUCUGUGACCUUAUCUCUUUGACAAGAACAGUUGGUGUGGAUGGGUUUUUCUUGCAUGACCUGGCUCUUACAAUUGUACGGUACAUUUCAAGAGCUGCUUUUUAGAAACAACUGUAUCAAGCUAAGAUGGAUCUGGAGCAUUUUCACCCUUGCUUUAAGGGCUCUGGGUAGUAGCCAAGAAUAACAGAUGCUACCCAGAAUUUUAUUACAGCAAAGCAGAGAAAUAAGUAAAUUGAAACAUAUUGGUUGUAUGUGUAAAAUAUUUUUCCUUUCAAAGGCUGUAAUUUAUUUCCCAUUAUUUUUUAUAUAUUUUAAAUUGUUACACUGAUCAAGAAGAGAUAUGUUUAGCCCUUAAGUAAACUGAGCUGCUCAUGUACACGUCACUAACUUCCUUUUCUUUAUUUUUUUACGGGUUACCAGUAUAUUUUUUUUAUAAUCCUUAACAUGUACUCUGUAUUAAAUGCAUGUUAAAGUUAUGUGAAAUAUACUGUGCUUUCCUUAGAAUAAUUACUGUAAGCAUACUCUCCACUAACCGACUAACUAGCAGUCACCUCAAUAUUUUGUUGUACUGCACAACCAUUUUAUAAUGUCUGUCCCAGUCCAAUCCGAACCUUUAGAUAUAGCCAGGCCAUCUUUGGGGAGAAUUUUACAUUGAUCAAGUGUGCCAAGAGUUUAUAUUAUUAUUUAAUUAUGUUCAUACAUUAAGUAUUUAUAUGUUUUUCCAAGCUUCUGGUUAGCCUACUGGCUUGUAUUGUAUACACAGUUAUGCACUGUAUUUGGGAACGCCUUAAUUUUUUAUUUUCUAUUUUACUGGAAGUUGUAAAGACCAGAAGCUCUCAGGAAACAUGAACAAGAAAAUUAAUAAUACGUAUUGGUAUUGCAUUAAAGUGGCUGCUGAUGGUUUUAAUCAACCUAUAAUGGGGUCUUCAGUAUUUCAAUUACUGUAAAUGGAAAGAAUCUUUCACAGGUUUUGCUUGAUUAUCCUUUUAUUUGAAAAAUAACUGAAAACUUGUUAGGAUUCUGUUUUUAUGAACUGGAUGUGUACAAAAUGUGGUAAGUCGGCAACCAGGUCAUGUCAGGUCACCAUGUGGUGACAUGUAUCCUGUUCAUCAACUUGACACUGUCCCAAAGGAUGUCUUGUAGUGACAUGUGGUUGCCUGAUCAUAAGAGAGACGUUUCAACUGGGGGCUUAUAGAUGUCGUUUUUUCGGCUUGACAAUCAACUAUAUCUCUCUCUCUCUCUGUAAGUCAAGUGUCAAUUAUCAUUGAAUCUAUCCUACUUAUAAGAAUUUCAUUGUAAUGAUGUGUGUAGUAGAAAAGAAUUGUAUUCAAAAUUUUCCACCUCUAUUAAAACUUCAGUUGAGUGCCCAUAAGUAAUAUAGAUUGACAGCUUAGCAAUGUUCAGUAGUUUGUUGAUUUGAGGUCCAUUCAAUAAAGCACUUGGUUGAAAGUGAGGUGAUAUAAAGUUGUUUAGCCGAGACAUUAAAUCGGUGACUUGUCAAUGAAUUUUGAGUCUUUAAUUAGUAGGUACCAUAGAGGCUUGUUUUCUUUUUUCACAGUAGAAACUGAGCUUAUGAACACCUUGUGGACUCAAAAAUUGACAUGGUCAAGAAUAUGUGUAUAGUAUUUUGUAAAGCAGAGCUUGGGUCACAACGAUGUAGGUCGUCCCCAGUCUAACUCAUCAUGUUAAGGUAGAUGAUCAUGAAAGAAUAAUGGGCAGUCAUUAUGCACUAAUAACAAAAAUUGUCCAAGACAUUCAGAUUUAAUGUCUAGAAGGUUUCAAUAAUACUAAAGGCUAAAGAAAUGUGAAUGGAAAAACGCCAACGAUAAUGCAGUUUAAACAAUUUGCCCAAUCUUCUCACUUGAUUAAAAACCUUAUAUCAUAUUGUAAACUAUAUUAACGUUCAUACUGAACCUUUCCUAGACUGUUCAUCUAUGCGGGGUCCUUUUGUACUUGUAUGACUGACAUCCUUAGAAUAACACAUGUUCAGUAAGUAGUACUUGGAAAAUAAAUCAUUUAUGGAU